AUGGGCUCACAGCUGGUCUCAACCGACGCAAAGAACAAGCUGGAGGACUUGUCCGGCAUCACCAUCCAGCCCGGCGAGAAUCCUUACCAGGCACUCGUCAAGGCCUGCAGCAAUGACCCCGCCGAGAUCCAAGCCCUCUACCACGCUCACAGGACCAGACGAAAUGAGCAGCAGAAGGAGAAGUUCCUCGCCGCCGACUUCACGGAGCUCAUCAUCGACCCUUUCCUCCUGAGGCUGGAGAACCCUCAGAUGGAGCCCGGCUUCAAAGACCCCAGAAACUGCUUCGUCUUCUGGGCCCGCCCGCCCGAUCACAUCGUCAGACUGGCAGCUCACCUGCAAGCCUUGCUCAAGAAAGUUGCCCCGAGCAUCUGGCUCAUGCCCCAGCACAGAAUGCACCUCACAACCCUCGAAGUAACCCACUCCAAAACGCCCGAGAAAAUCGCCCGCCUCACCGACACCAUGCGCUCCGCCAUCCCCUACAUCACAGACUACACCUACACCCACCGCGCGCGCCUCGUCAAGCCCCAGAUCUCGCACGACCUCUCCGCCUUCGCCGUCUCCUUCCUCCCGGCCGCCGGCGAGCCUCCUGCCGGCGGCCCGUCGUCCCCAGCGCCCACCGCGCUGCAGACGCCCGUUGUCGGCGGCGACGCGUACAGCUACCACCACCUCCGCCGCGACGUCUUCGACCUCGCGCAGAGCACCGGCGUGCUGAUCGAGAGCCGGUACCAGGUGCCCAGCGCGCACAUCACGCUGGGGAGGUUUCUGGGCGGGGCGGACCACGCGACGCCCGCGGCGAGGCAGAGGUGGGUUGAGGCGAUUGACGAGAUCAACGGGUGGCUUGAGAGCGAGGUUUGGGGCAGCGAAGAAGGCGGGUGGUGCGGUGAGUGGGUUGUCGGGCAGGAGAGGGGGCUGGAUGCAAGGAAUGGGCCGUUGUGGUAUGGUGGUGGACGAACCAUCAGGCUCGGAGAGGGCUUCUGA